AUGUCCUUUUUGAAUACCAUCAGAGGUUUUGGAAGAAGCACCAAAAAGACAAAGAAAGACUACGAACCCCAAUCAUUACCUUACACUUCCACAAAUGGUCUGACGUCUCCACUCCGUCGGUCGCAGUCACCUAGCAAAAUCUCGCCGCUGAAACAAAAUGGCCAAAUCCAGUUUGUUUCUCUGUCGCCUACGAGACAUUCUCCCACAAGAAGAUCAAGAAUGAACAAUCGGCCGCGUCUGGUCCAGCGAGACUCUAUUCCGCUGACUGAUGACAAGGACUUUUCUGAUUCGUCGCCACCUUUAUUCAUGUGCGAGCCGUUUGUGAAAACAGCCUUGGUCAAAGGCCUGUUCAAGACUAUUGUACAAUUACCCAAGUACGUCGAUUAUGGCGAAUGGCUAUCGUUAAAUGUUUUUGAGCUAUACGGCCACUUGAACCAAUUUUACGGCGUCAUUUCGGAGUAUGUGACACCUGAGCAAUAUCCCACCAUGAACGCAGGCCCAAACACGAAUUAUCUCUGGAAAGACAAUACGGGCCAAGCCAUUAACCUCCCUGCAUGCCAGUACAUUGAAUACGUCUUGACUUGGAUCUCCAACAAGAUCAAUGAUCAGUCUGUCUUCCCCACGAAAACAGGUGGCGCGUUCCCUCCUAACUUCGUGAAAGAUUGCAAAAAUAUUGCCCGACAAAUGUUCCGAAUCUUUGCUCACAUCUAUCACAAUCAUUUCGACAAGUUGGUACACUUGUCUUUGGAAGCUCAUUGGAAUUCUUUUUUCGCACAUUUUAUUAGCUUGUGCAAAGAGUUCAGUUUGAUUGAUCGCAAAGAAAUGGCACCAUUGGUGCCUUUGAUCGAGAACUUUGAGCAACAAGGGAAAAUUAUCUAG